AUGGCUGCUUGGGUGGGUGUGGCCCAUCACAGAACAUCAAUUUCAGGGAAGAGAGACUGGGAGCAGGGCUUCAACUUCCUCUUACCAUUUUAUGCUCUUCGGUUCCAAGCCUGUAUCGGUCCCUCUCCUGUAAGCAGAAGGAUGAAUCGUUGUGCAGAAAAUGUGAAAGGCUUCCUAGCCCAAGUGGAGAUUAAAGCAGGAGCUGCGAAGGCACAGCUGGCUGAGGAGUUCCAGGUGUAUCUUGUCUUGGAAGCUACACUUAUUGAAAAUAAAAUUGUUUUGCACAGCUGCUUGAAAAUAACACCCAAUUGUGUCCCUGUUUCAGAUGACCAGACCAGAGUUGUCUUAAACUUACUGACAGAGGAAGGCCAAGGCGAUUAUAUCAAUGCCAACUUCAUUCAGGGUGUGGACAACAAGAGAUGUUACAUUGCCACACAAGGGCCGCUUCCACAUACCGUUCUUGACUUCUGGCGCAUGGUUUGGCAAUGCAAAGUGAAGGUGAUUGUCAUGGCAUGCCGGGAAGUGGAAAUGGGCAAGAAAAAGUGUGAGUGUUACUGGCCUGUAACAGAGGAAGCUGUACAAUUUGGACCGUUCUCUGUGGCGCAGGUUAAACAGCAGGAGCUCAAUUCUGAUGUCAUACUGCGGAUGCUUACUCUGACAUUUCAGCAGGAGGAGCGAGUUAUUUCUCAUUUUCAAUAUGUGGCUUGGCCAGACCGGGGCAUCCCAGAUACUUAUGGCUACUUCCUGGACAUGAUUGAACAUGUGAGAAAGAAGCAAGGGGAGGACACUGCACCCAUCUGUGUGCAUUGCAGUGCUGGCUGUGGCCGAACAGGAGUGAUUUGUACAUUGGAAUAUGUACGGCAACUACUGAUCAAACAGCGAAUCCCUCCCCAUUUCAGCAUUUUCGAUGUGGUCCUGGAAAUGAGGAAGCAGAGACCAGCUGCGGUUCAAACGCAGGAACAAUACGAGUUUGUAUAUCAUGCAGUGACUGAAAUGUUCCGGGCUGCCCUGGGCUUGUCUUACUCACACUAUGAAAACCUCAAAGAGAACCAUCUUCCUCUCUAUGACGACGCCCUGUCCCUCCGACGCCCUGUCCCACCCCUCCUCAAACGAAGCUCCAUUCUCCGGAGCAUCUCCGUGCCAGCUGACCCGACUCUCACAGCCCUUCCAGAACUGCCACCAAAGCUAGGCAAGGACAUGAGCGAUACUUAUGCCGUUGUGAACAAACUCCGGCGAAGCGGAGGGGGACCUUCUUCUACGUCUCCUCAAAAUGAGACCAAGCUGGAUGGACUCCAUUAUACUGCUGUGAAGCCGCGGCAUAGCAACGAGGCUGGUGCUCAAAUAAUUGAUCCCAAUGCCUUUGUGGGACUCCCAACCAGCCAAUCACUCCCUGGGAGUCCCAUACGACGGCCCCCUUCUACUGUUGCCUGCGAAUAUGCUGUCAUCAACCCACCUCCACCAGGUGAUUCCAGUUCCCCAGCCACCUCCUCUCCAUCUCAUAAUAAUGGACUUGGGAAAAACCUCCUAAGGAACCUGAUGGCCCCAGCUUUUACUUCAUCUUCUGGGAAGAAAGCUCCAUCAUCACCACGGAUUGCCUCUAUGCAGCCACAGAUUGCCUCUACGCAAGCAUAUGAAGAUGUGAACAGCACCAGUCCCAGGGAUAGCCCAAAUGCUGUAGGGACCUCUGCCAGUGCAAUGGGGUUUAACUUCCGCAUUGGGAAACCUAAAGGACCGAGAGACCCUCCAGCGGAGUGGACCCGAAUAUAAGCAGCAGGCCAGAGACAGAGACAGACAGACCUCAUCCAUGCGACGCUGCUUCCGCUAUGGAGCCAAUACAGGCUGAACCAAACUGCUGCACUCACAAGGAGUGGAUGUAUAAAAUGAACUAAUUGCCCUCUGGGGUUACCUACUAAAAUGCAGCCACCGCUGGAAAGGCUGCUACACCCAGCCACAAGGAGGUUUUCCAGCUGGAACAAAGGAAUGGUGGAGAGUAACAGAAGCUGGAAUCCUCCAGCGUUCAGGGAAAAAUUGAUCCUGGGCAGCAACUCUACCCCAGAUCUAGAAUGAUGGUUGAAAUGGGCAAGGAGCGAAGAUUGCUUUAGAGGCACUCACAUCCUACUUUUAAGCCCAGUACUGGGCAGAAUUAGUGCCAGUAACGUCCACCAUGGUGCCUUCCAAUUACAUGCAGAUGUACAAGAGAUGGUGAUUUAUUAUAACUGUCUUCCCAACUGGCUGAGGCAAAGAGGCAGUCCUGAAAUCAGCAAAAUCAAGGGGCUGGACAGGGAACAGGUUGUAUUUGUCUUUAG